AUGAGAGUUCUCUGUCUUCAUGGAAAAGGCACCAGCGGUUCGAUCUUCAAAUCGCAGACGUCAUCGUUUCGGUCGCAAAUAUCCAGAAAAGACAUCGAAUUCGAUUGGGUAGAUGGACCCUUAGAUUCAAACGCCGCACCAGGGAUCGAUCUAUUCUAUCCUCCUCCUUAUUACUCAUUUAUGGACAAUACCACGCCCGCAGAUACAUACGCGGGCAUUAACUGGCUACGAAACUACAUCGAUCAAAAUGGUCCAUAUGAUGUAGUGAUGGGAUUUUCUCAGGGAAAUGUCCUCGCUUCUUCAUACCUUCUUUUACACGAGCUGGAAACGCCUCAUCUCCCACUUCCCUUCAAGGCAGCUAUCUUUCACUGCGGCGGCCUCUCAUUACCCUUUAUGACGGAACUUGGGUUUAUCAUUACCCCCGCAAUUCGGGAGCGCGAUGAACAAUCACGAAUGGCACUGGGUGUAAUGGCUAGCUCGGAGGCAAUUUUACAAGGAGGUGGGAAGAGAUGGAAGGGUGAUUUCAGUGAGAAAGGUCUCACGGAGGAAGAAAUAAGAGAUGAGAUCAAGGGUCCUGUUCAGAUUUCGAUUCCAACUGUGCAUGUCUAUGGAUCUAAAGAUCCUCGAUUUCUCGCUGGGCUGCAGUUAUCUGGCGCUUGCAAUCCUGAAAACCGUCGAGUAUUCAACCAUGGAGGCGGUCAUGAAAUUCCUCGCACAUCGGUUGUGAGCAGUGCGAUUGGGGAGUUGUUCAACUGGGCUAUAGAUCAGGCGUCCUAA